AUGAAGUUUCUCUACUUGCUUUUGUUGUUGCUGCCCAUUUUAGAGGCACGCCUAGCUGGAAUACAUCAAAGAUUUAUACGCCAAACAGGACGUUAUGGCACGCCAGGUGGCUAUCGACCCAAUCUCGCCUACACCAGCAACAGUAACCAUGGCAGUGCCAACAGUAAUAGCAUUGGCAUUGGUGGCAGCAAUACUGGCAAUAGCUAUAGCAGUGGCAAUGUAAAUGCUAACGGUAACGGCAAUGGAAAUGUCCGUCUCGCUUAUGUGCCAGCUAGCGGCGCAGUUGCUACACGACCUUACAAUGGUGUAGGCGGCUUUAAAUUUGGUGGACGUCCAUCGCCGGGCAGUGAUUUUGUGGUGAAUGCUGUGAGCGCUGGUGCUGGUGGACCUGGUGGUGGAUAUUCGGCAAAUCACCCACAGACGGUGUACAAAAAUGUGGGUGGCAGCGGUGGAAGACCGCAAGCAAAUACCGCUUAUCGCAUUGUACCGGGCCCCUUGGCAAGUGGGGGGCGACCAGUGGCAGCUGUAGGCGGCAGUGGUGGAUAUCAAAGUGGUGGAUAUCAAAGUGGUGGAUAUCAAACUGGUGUAUAUCAAAGUGGCUAA